UUAUGUCUGUGGUCAUAGUACUAUCACAGACUAUAUGAAAAGUUUUAUAUAAUCUGUGGUACUAUUUUGAUUGGAAGUGCUAUGAAUAUUUGGUGAUACUAUAAUCAAUGGUAUUGUGUACUGCUGUGCUUGUCUUGUAAAUCUAUUAUUUUUCCUUGACCUCCGUCGAUCAUCAUUCGUAUACAUUUGUCAUUUGUCGCUCAUUUGUCUCAUCCUAUUUAAGUAAAAAUGUCGACUAAGAUUAUCCAAACGUUGCUAAAAAGCACAUCAGUUAACCGUUUGUAUACAUCCCAAAUCAGAAAAAAAGCAACUUUGCCUCAACUCGCAUUUGAGUAUAAAGCUUUGGAACCAGUUAUAUCACGUGAUAUUAUGGAAAUUCAUCACCUCAAGCAUCAUAAUACUUAUGUAGUCAAUUAUAAUAAUACUCUGGAAAAAUUACAGACUGCUGUAGCAAAAGAUGACACAGCUACUAUCAUAAACUUGGCUCCAGCACUCAGAUUUAAUGGUGGUGGUCAUAUUAAUCAUUCCAUUUUCUGGGAGACACUUACACCUUGUUCAACUAAACCUUCAGGGGAUUUGGAAAAAGCCUUAGUUCAAAAUUUUGGUUCAUUCGAAGAGUUUAAAAAACAAUUAGCUGCAGCUUCUAUUGGUGUUCAAGGUUCUGGAUGGGGUUGGCUUGGUUUCAAUCCUCAGAAUAAGAAAUUAGCGGUUAUAAGUUGUCCGAACCAAGAUCCAUUAUUCCCUACAACUGGACAUAUUCCCUUAUUUGGAAUUGAUGUUUGGGAACAUGCGUAUUACUUGCAAUAUAAAAAUGUACGUGCUGAUUAUGUCAAUGCAAUUUUUGAUAUUGUAAAUUGGGAUGCAGUAUCCAAGCGUUUUGCUGAAGCUUCUGCUUAAAUUAUCUAAACUUGUUUCUAACUAUUUUCACUUAUUGAGUUAAUUUUUAGUUUUUAAAUAAUAGCUAGAGGAAAAUAAUUGUUUAUUUAAAUGUAUUUGUUCAUCAGUACUCUUUCAAUUACAAAUUUGUUACAAAAUAAAACUAUGUUAUAAAGAAAAGAAAAUAAUAAUUAAGAAAAUAUGUAAUAUGCAUUAUCAUCACGAACUAGCAAGUUAAUAAUUACCAACCAAAAUCAAAAUGUACAAUAAUUAUAUGAGCCUUUUUUCACAUUUCAUAUAAAAAUUAACUUAGAUGUAUCAGAUGCCAGAUGUUCUGAAUACAAUGUUAUAGAUAUAAA